AUGACGUUACUGAUCGUAAUUAUGAAUGACGCGGAGAGGAAUGCGUCAAGAGGACUGGUACUGCUCCAUCGUCACACGGCCACCGCAAGAACACCGCCGCUGCCAGACCUUCCGGAGGAGUUGAUAAUGGAAAUCUUGCUGAGGCUUCUAGCAAGGACGCUUGUUUUUCUAAGGAGCGUCUGCACUUCAUGGAGAAACCUAAUUUCCUCCCCUGACUUCACCUGCAACCACCUUUAUCGUUCAUGCUUACGCGAUCCAAGUUUGACUCCGCCACGAAUUGCUUAUUACACUCACAGUUCUGACUACCGUGAUUUGUAUGGUGUUAUCGAAUCUUUCUCCGUGCAGUCAAUAUUGGAUAAUCCUUCUGAGCCUGCUAAAGUCGAUUACUUCAGUGGACAACGCUACCACAGAAUGGUUGGUUCUUGCCAUGGAUUGUUAUGCUUUUUUUAUGAUGAUGGCGGCCAGAAUACGCAUGGCAUCUUGUGGAAUCCCUGUACCGGAUUCACAUUCCAAUCACCGCAAAUCAGCGGUCAAGCCACCCUUUGUGGCUUUGGUUACGAUCAUCUCAGUGACAGCUACAAGCUUUUUGGAAUUAUAAGGAAGAAAGUGCCACUGCCAUCUGGUUUGGAAUUUAGUAGUAGAAUUUAUACAUUUGGACCAACUUCUUCGUGGAGAAAAAUUGAUGAUAUCCCAUUAGGCCUACUUGGUGUCCCAACUGACGACCUUUUUAUGCCUGAUAAUAUGGAAGGGAUGAAGGAAUACGGAAAUGCUCAACCUUGGACUAAAUUGGCAAUCAUUCCCUUUCACCCGCAACUCGUAAAUUUGGGUUUUCCUCUACAAUCUCUCUACAUCUCGGAAAGUGAUGUUCUUUUGGCCAUUUCUCCAUCUUUAAGAAUAGUUUUGUUUAAUUUAAAUGAUGGUAGCAUAGAUUUACCUGUGAUUGACGGCACUGGUGAUGGCAUGGAGAACUAA